AUGGAAGAGGUUGUCAUGGGAUCUAUGUCACUCGAAAAUGGCUUUCAAAUGGGUUGUUAUGAUCUUGAAAAAUGGCAGCAAAACAAUGAGUUUUUGAUAGCCAAAUCGGUCUCGAAAAUUCAGCAAAAACAUAAUAAAAGAAGAGCUUUUGGGGUUGUUUUUUUGACUUCAAAGGAAGCUAUAAAGGAGGAGGGAGUCGCUCCAUUUCUUCUUCUAUUUCUGAUGGGUUUCGUGAAGAAGGGAAAAGGGGUUGAAAGAAAGUUGAUUUCUGUUAUGAUAUUCAGAGAAAAGAGGAGUGAUUGUUUGCAGAAGAAUGAAAGUGAAAUAGAGCUCAUGCAAGUGGAUGAGUAUUCCCAUUAA